GCUUUGACUUCUGAAUCAAGUCAAGGCGCUUGCCCCUCCUCUGACCUCUGAGCGCUCGACGUUGACUGCUCAAGCGUUGACAAAGGUGGAGUGCAUUCGUGAUUCGAUCGAGCAGCAAUCGGCCCGCGCCUCAUCAUCCAAUCCGUCUUUCGCAACACGGUCAAUGGGCCAGGGCGAACAUUCGAGCACCACUUUACCUCCUUCGCCAGACAUCACCCCCACUCCAACAUGUCCAACAUCCCCUUGCUGGAGGCGUCCAGCAGCCAGCCAGGAGGUGCUCAAGAACGAAGCCUAGCGGAACAAUAUCAUCGAGCAGUGAACCAGCAUCGCUUCACGUCGGAUCUCGAAACGCUCUCCGCCCUCGCAUCUCCCCACUAUCUGGUGCACCUCUCCCAAUCAGGCCAACUCGCCGAUCCGACAUUCAUUCGCUACCUGCAACACCUUCACACCACCUGGCGCAAACCGGAGUACGCUCGCUUCCUGCGUUAUCCCAACGCGCUCUACUUUUUGGACGCGCUGCAACAUCCAGAGUUUAGAGGUGCGGUGGGAACGGAAGCGUGGGCUAGAGACACGGCUGCGAGGGUCGAAGGGCAUUGGGAACAUUGGCUAUCGAGCAAUUCAACCCUCGACUCAACGAAAGCGAAGCAAGAGCGGCCCUCAUGAAAAUUCCCAGCGAUUCGCCUCAUCGCCAUGAUGGGGGUGCUCGACGCGAUGCAGUGUUGUCAGUCCCACGCCCUUUAGCGACCAUAUCAUGCGUAGAUUUCACGCAGCAACCACCCAACGACCAUCCUUGGCCUCGGACAGGUCGGCUGCAUCUAUCAGCUGGCGCACUUGCUGAUACCCAUCAGUCUCCGAGUCCUGACACCCGCCGCUAUGACGCCUCGUCACUGGCGCUCCACAAACCACGCGCACCCGCACCCCGCCACUGUCCCGAAGCGCUGCCAUCCGCUUGCGAACUCCAGCAACAUGGCAAUGCGUGCAGUGCACCAUCAAUGCAAGGCUUUUCGAGAGGGCGUAGCCCACGUUGCAUCGCACACCAUGAACCUACCUCACGAACCCUUGUCCAGCGCCGAGGGCUCCGCUGUGCGCCUCAGGACGUGUUGCUCAACUUGCAGAGAGGGCGCGACAUCAAGCGGUGAGAAUUAUACUUGGGGU